AUGAAGCACAUAAUCAGUCUAUAUGACAUCAACAAUACAGCAAGAAAUAAUUCAGACUGUCCUUAUGUGGUUUUGCCAGAAGAGGUAUUUUUUACAAUAUCCAUCAUCGGGGUUUUGGAGAAUCUGAUCGUCCUUCUAGCUGUGAUCAAGAAUAAGAAUCUCCAGACACCCAUGUACUUUUUUAUUUGCAGUUUGGCUGUUUCUGAUAUGUUGGGCAGCCUAUAUAAGAUCUUAGAAAAUAUCCUGAUCAUGUUCAGACACAUGGGUUAUCUCAAGCCCCGUGGCAAUUUUGAAACCACGGCAGAUGAUAUCAUUGAUUCCCUGUUCAUCCUCUCCCUGCUUGGCUCCAUUUUCAGCCUAUCUGUGAUCGCCAUUGACCGUUACAUAACAAUCUUCCAUGCUCUGCAGUACCACAGCAUUGUGACUGUGCGCCGUGCCAUUGUUGUCCUGAUGGUCAUCUGGACAUGCUGCACGUGCAGUGGCAUCACCAUGGUGAUCUUCUCUCAUCACAUCCCUACAGUAAUCACCUUUACAUCAUUGUUCCCUGUGAUGUUGGUCUUUAUCUUGUGCCUCUAUGUGCACAUGUUCUUGCUUGCCCGUUCCCAUGCCAGGAAGAUCUCGAUACUUCCCAGAGCCAACAUGAAAGGGGCCAUCACAUUGACUAUCCUGCUUGGGGUCUUCAUCUUUUGUUGGGCCCCCUUUGUUUUUCAUGUCCUCUUAAUGACAUUCUGCCCAAAUAACCCUUACUGUGUCUGUUACAUGUCCCUCUUCCAGGUGAAUGGCAUGUUGAUCAUGUGCAAUGCAGUCAUUGACCCCUUUAUAUAUGCCUUCCGAAGCCCAGAGCUCAAGGAAGCAUUCAAAAAGAUGAUCUUCUGCAGCAGGUACCACUAG